GUUUGCCCCAUGCCCAUAUAUUACUAUGGUUGAAAGGAAUAAAGAAGGAAGUAACCGCUGCGAUGAUUGAUGAAUACAUCUCAGCUGAGUUUCCCGAUAGAGAAGUUGAUAAAGAGGGGUUUGAACUGGUAGAGCGGCAUAUGAUUCAUGGCCCGUGUGGUAAGUUGCGACCCAAAUCGCCAUGCAUGGAAAAGGGAGAGUGUACUAAGAGUUUUCCUAAACCUUCUUCGGAUCAAACAAGAAUUGACAAAUAUGGAUUUGUUGUUUAUAGAAGGAGAGCUGGUACUGGAGAUUUUGUAAUCAAGGGUGAUAUCGAGGUGGAUAAUCGUUUCGUUGUGCCUCAUAAUCUUAGUCUGCUGAAAAAAUACCAAGCCCACAUCAACGUUGAAUGGUGUUGCAGAACCAGUGCAAUAAAAUAUCUUUUCAAAUACAUAACGAAAGGCGUUGAUAGAGCAACCGUGGUUAUACACAAGAACGAGCCAGACACGACUAAUGAGAUCAACAAUUUUCUGGAGUGUCGGUACAUAUCAGCCUGCGAAGGUUCAUGGAGGUUGUUCGCUUUUCCCAUACACUAUAAUCAGCCCAAUGUUGUGAAGCUUCCCGUACAUCUACCAGGUCAGCAUGUGAUGGUGUUUGACGAAACUUCUGACUUAUCAAAGGUGGUAUACCGAGAAAAUAUUGAUAAGUCAAUGUUAACAGCGUUUUUUGAGGCAUGCGACACGUAUGAAGAAGCUAGGGAGCUGACAUAUGUUGAAUUUCCUUCAAGGUUUGUUUACCAUUCUAACGACAAGGUAUGGACACCCAGGCUGCAAGGGGAAGCUAUUGGGAGAGUCGUGUAUGUCAGUCCAGCAUCUGGUGAUAGAUACUUCUUAAGGAUGCUGCUAAAUGUUGUUAAAGGUCCUAGAGGUUAUGACGUGUUAUACACGGUAGGAGAUGUGGUUUAUAAGAAAUUCAAAGAAGCGUGCUAUGCACGAGGAUUGCUUGAUGAUGAUAAAGAGUGGCAUGAAGCAAUAGAGGAGCCAUCUUCAUGGGCCACCGGACGGCAGCUGAGAAGGUUGUUUGUGCUUAUCUUGGUUUAUUGUCAAGUUGUAGACCCACUCAAGCUUUGGGAGCAUACUUGGAUGUUUCUAGCAGAGGACAUACUGUACAUGAAACGAAAGGAGUUUCGAUUUCCAGGACUCGACUUACAAGAUGAGCAGUUAAAGCAGUAUACACUGCUCGAGGUUGAAAAACAUUUAAAAGAGCAUAACCAGUCUCUAGCAGACUAUGAUGAGUUGCCUCGGCCAGACAAUUCAAUACUAUCAGAGGUAAACAACCAAGUUUUGCGGCAGGAGCUGAUGUAUGACGUUGAAAAGGAGAAGGAGACGCAUAGGGUAUUGUUCUCAGCGAUGAAUAUUGAUCAGCAGAAAGUAUAUGCUGCUAUUCUGAAGUCAGUAGACGAACGGUUGGGCCAGUUAAUUUUUGUCUCAGGUGCAGGAGGAACAGGAAAGACAUACCUAUACAGAACUAUUAUCGCAAGGCUUAGGUCAGUUGGAAAAGUAGUUAUACCGGUUGCUACAGCUGGCAUCGCAGCGUUGCUGCUCCCGGGAGGAAGGACAGCUCACUCUCGGUUCAAACUACCUCUGAAUCUAGAUGAUCGUUCAAUGUGUGAAAUUCACAAAGGGUCGAGUUUAGCUGCAUUGAUAUCCAAGGCAGAUCUAAUAAUAUGGGACGAAGCUCCGAUGGCACACCGGCACGCUUUUGAAACCUUGGAUCGUUCCUUCAGAGAUUUGUUAACGCAUGAGAAUCCAGAAGCUAGCACACAGCCCUUUGGUGGCAAAACGGUGCUUCUCGGCGGGGAUUUCCGACAGAUUUUGCCAGUUAUUCCACACGGAAAAAGGCCAGACACUGUACUCGCAUCCAUCAGCAAAUCAUAUCUAUGGAAAAUGGCCCGAGUAUUCACCUUAUCCAUCAACAUGCGGCUGCGGCAAGAAGAUAAGGACUUCGCAAAAUGGAUUCUACAAGUCGGAGAUGGGGAAGCUGACGCCUUGCCGUCGAAUAAACCAAAACAUGAGGAAGGGAAUCAGAUUAUUGUGGACAAAAGGUUCUUGAUAUCUCGCUCAGAGACACCACACGAAGCUUUGGCGCAUGCUGCAUAUCCUAACUUCCUCCAAAACUACCGGGAUAAGGACUACCUAAAAGAGAGGGCUGUGCUGACACCUACCAAUAAUACCGUACAUGAGGUGAACGCUUAUCUCCUCUCUAAGAUCCCAUCACAGGCUAGAGAGUAUUUGAGUUCCGAUUCAGUGGAGUUAGAAGCUACGCCAGACGAUGAUUGGACCACCCACUACCCGUCAGAGUACCUCAACUCACUUGAGUUUCCGGGCCUCCCUAACCACAGAUUGUGCCUCAAAGUUGGAGCUCCGGUGAUGAUGCUGCGCAAUCUUAAUCAGGAUCAAGGUCUGUGCAAUGGUACAAGAAUGGUGGUUACUCGCCUAGGUAACAGGGUUGUUAAAGCGAGAAUUAUGACUGGGACAGAUGUUGGAGAAGAAGUUUUGAUCCCUAGGAUACAACUUAGUCCCACUGAUACCAUGCAUCCCUUCACCUUUAAUCGAAGACAAUUCCCGAUCAGACUGUGCUACGCCAUGACGAUCAACAAGAGCCAGGGCCAAAGCCUAAACCAAGUUGCUUUAUAUCUUCCUCGCCCUGUUUUUACUCAUGGUCAGUUAUACGUUGCCAUGUCUCGAGUAACAACUCCGAAUGGGCUUAAGAUUUUAGACGAGACUUCCGACAUGGACGGUGAAGACGGAGUUACUAAUAUUGUAUACAAAGAAAUCUUUAAAGACGUCCGGAUGACCGAGGUUAGAGCUACACAUUUACUUUAUACAUUUUUAUAUACCCGAGUUUGAUUGCAGUGAAUAAUUGUCGUAAUUUCAUUGCAUAUCGGACGACUCAUUUAUCUCAGUGAACGGGGAGACACAGCGUAAGCAUCGAAGUGGACAAGUUAUUCUGCUAUCUCAAUCUUAUUCUUAAAAUUUUAAUAACAGUUUAAUCUCAUGGCAUACAGUCAUUUAGUAUGUGACCUUCUUACACUUACUCAAAACAUCGUCACAACCUAAUGUUUAUCCUAUAUCCUCUGAUUUGGGUUUAUAUGCUUGCAGUUAAUUUUUUCUCUUCAUAUAAAUAUAGUAAAAUUAAUAGUUCAAGCUAUACUAAUACAAAAAUCUAUUCCAAACCACAACAUUUUAGUUUACCAUGAAAAAAGAUUAGUUCAAACAAUAAAUAAUAAUAGAGUAGAAAAACAAUUAGAUUAUUUCAAACAAUAAAACAAUAAUAGAGUAGAAAAAAACAAUCUUAAUCAAAUAAAUACACAUCAAAAAUAAAACUAAAUAAAAUAUAGAAGAACAGUAUCACAUCAUGUAGUUACUCUGAAAACUUUAAAUCAACAACAUAAAAAUAUUUAAUAACAGCCGUGAAAGACAACAUUGGUAGGGAACCAAGAUAUAAAAAAAUCUUUCCUUAAAAAUUUGUGAUCAGUGAUUUAACUUUAUUUUGUUAUAACAAGAAAUAAAUGAUUAUAAAAUCAUAUGGAAAUAAAAUCUCAUUUAAUAGACCAUAUAAUUAAAUAAUAGACCAUAUAAAAAUACUUAAAUAUCUUAAUUUAGAAAUUGCAUAACAAGUAUUGAAACCUACAGUUAAUUCCGAAUUUGUAUUAAUUUUUAAAAAGAAAAAUGUCAAAGUACAUAUCAUAUGAUAUGCAUUAUCAUAUGACAUCCAAAUACAACUAUAAUAUAGAAUUUUAACCACACUACGUAAUUUGUUAAUAACUAUUUUGUUCAAGAAAAUAACAAUAUUAUGCAAAUACGAUUAUGACCAUUUUCCAAAAUUGAUUAUUUAUAUAUAUAUAUAUUUGAAAAUAUAGGUGGUACAAGUAAAUCAAAAUAUAUGUAGGACAGGUUGAAGAAAAAAAUUCAAAAAAAUAAAUGUUCUAAAACCCUUAAAAUUAUGAAAUUAUUGUUUCCAAAGCCAAAGUAAAACUUUAUUUGUGUAUUUUUAACAAUUAUUGUACAUUAAACAUAAAUAAGAAAGGUCAGAAAAUAUUCAGACCAUUAUAUUUUAAUAAUACCCUACGGCAUAUAUUUUUAUAACACACAUAUAUAAAACUAUAAAUACCAUACAUAUAACAAAAAUUAUAAGAAAUUCCCGGGAUUUGUUAAUAUAAAAAACAUAGUAUAUGUUCAUUUGUUAUUCCUUUGCCCAUACUCUAAUAAUCUAAGUUUCAUGUAUCUACCUAUUACUUAACAACAUAUAACAAAACUCGGACAAACCAUCAAACUCCCGAGCACCCCUCCCUCCGAUAACCAUAAUAGCAUGAAACCUAUGAACAACCAAAGUUUAUUAUACUUAUAAUUUUAGUUUCAAGAUUAUUUUAUAAUUCACAACCCGCCCGUAGGGCGGGCCGAUCCUAGUAAAAAAUAAAGAAAUUGUUGCAAAAUAUUAAUAUGAUCUAGGAUAUUUUGUUCCAAAUUUUUUUCUCGCAUGACAAAGAAAAUAAUGACAUGAUUCUUACGACUCAUUCUUAUCACCAUUAUAUUUCAGUCACUAUUAUAUUUCAGUCACUGUGAUAUUAAUUGUUCCUAAUUCAACCACUUUCUAAAGAAAGAUAAAAAUUAAUCCAUAUAGAUACUCAAAUUAUAUAAUGAAAACCAAAGGAUCAAUGCAGAAGUGUAUAAUUUUUUAAAACUCAAUUAUUCCGAAGUUUAAAUUAGUUAUCAAUUUAACAGUUGUUUUCAUAAGAACCUAAA